GGGCCCUGCCCGCUGUGCACUCUCCGGGCCGGGAUCCUCGGAACGCAGCGCUUCCUGGGAGAGUGCGUCAGGAUGCCUGUGGUGCCCUGGCUUCCAGUGUCCAAGUUCCUGGCCCUACGCUGGACCCCUGUGGACCGUGUGCCGGUCAGCUGGGCCCUCUCGGCUGCCCCCCUAACACACGACGUUUCCAUCUGCUGCUGCCCACAGCACUGUUUCGUCCCCCUCUUUUUAGCCUCCAACUUAAGGGCAUCUUUCAGAAUGCACGCAGUGGAUACUUCUGAGAAACCCUAAGUUUUGUGCAUCCUGAGUUACGGGACUUGUCACCUGCUAUUGUAGAAAUGUGUUUACCUGCCUUUCCUCUACUCAGAGGUCCAGGAAGUUGGAACCGUGUAUUCAUAGUGACCACUGUGCUCAGUUAGGUUAGGUGGCUGAACUUUAACCAACCUGGUAAAUCAUUAAAUGUACACAGGUUCUUCUGACGCUUAACAUUACAAUGGUAAUCGCGUUUCUACUUUGUGAACUGCCCAGGCUAUAGGAGGGUUGUGCAGAAAGUCAGUGUACCUCUUCAUAGCAUUGAGCUAAACAAACAUUAUCUCUGCUAACCUGGUCAGAGUUUUUAGUUGCAAGCAACAAAAGUGGCUGAUUUCAGAAAAAAAAAAAAGGUGUUGAAAGGAAAGUCUGUUGGAGAGUUCACAGAAUGACCAGAAAAGCAGGAGUACAAAGCUGACGAAACAGGCAGGCAUAAAGGGAGAUGCAGCCACCCCAGUACAACCAGCAUUGCACAACCGAAUCAGCCCAAGCUGUUGAAGAACUGGACUCGGAUUUUAAGCUUGACUUCGGCAAUUUCCAAGGCAAAACAAGUCAAAGGUGGCAUGGAGGUAUAGCUACCAUUUUUCAAAGUCCUGGCGAUGAAGUUUGGGGAGUAGUAUGGAAAAUGCACACAAGCAAUUUAAAUUCUCUGGAUGAGCAAGAAGGAGUUGAAAGUGGAACAUACGUUGUAAUAGAAGUUAAAGUUUUGACUCAAGAAGGGAAACAAUUAACCUGUCGAAGUUAUCUGAUGACAAAUUAUGAGAGUGCUCCCCCAUCACCACAAUAUAAAAAAGUUAUUUGUCUGGGUGCAAAAGAAAAUGGUUUGCCACUGGAAUAUCAAGAGAAGUUAAAAGCAAUAGAACCAAAUGACUAUAAAGGAAAGGUCUCAGAAGAAAUGGAAGAAAUUCUCAACAAGGAAGAACAAAAACUCUGUAGAACAUAACAGAAUAUACCUAAGGAUAUUCUCUCCUUGUGCUAAUAUAAAAUAUUUUUAACAUUUGA